AUGGAGGUUUGUGAAGCAACCAGUAUAACUGGUCAAGGCUUCGUAGACGCGGCCUAUUUUCGUGACUUCUAUUUGCAUGAACAACUGACUGAUGUAAAACAGCAUCUUCCAAAUCGUGAUUACCCAUAUCCAAUUACACAACAUCAGACUUUUUAUGAAAAUGUAUCAACAUUUUCAUUUCCACAAAUCACUACUGUUACCACAAUCUCACCUAGCGUUACUUCACAGAAUUACACUCUGAAUAAUUUUGGUAAUGACAGUCAACGACAAUGCCAUCAUCGUUUACCAUCUACUCUACAAACGAUGUCAUCAACUUCUGAAAAUUUCUACCCUAAAGAAAUGUCCACUGAUCAAACGUACGCACAACAUCAAUUUCACCUUCCACAACAACAACAAGGUCUUUCACAAUAUUUCCAUCAUCAGAGUAAUAAUCAUUAUGAUAAAAAUGUAGUCGAAGAUCACAAAAUGAAUCAAUUUAAAUUUACGGAUGAAACUGUUGUUAUGACUACUCCUUCCGUUAUUGCUUCUGCUGCUGAUACAAUAACUUGUACUAACACGACAGCUUCCACUACUAUUCCGUACACAGUCAGACAAAAUGUCGCAUAUUCCACUCCCGUUACAAAUGAAAAACAAGACCAUACAUUGAACAACUUUAAUUUAUGUAGUACCAUACUAUCCAACACAGAUACGAAUAUCUCCCAAUGGGAUGUGAAUGACCCGAAAUUACCAAAAAUUCGGCAAUUCGAUGCAUUUACAAUGUGGCCACAAGGUCAUUGUCGUUAUGCGUAUAAAAAAUCCCAAUCUGAGGGAGCUCGACGUCAUGCUAGCGGUUGGGCAAUGCGUAAUACCAAUAAUCAUAAUUCACAAAUACUAAAAAAAUCAUGUCUUGGUGUAUUGUUAUGUACAUCUAAACAAUGCACAUUGGCUAUGCGACCAGCUAUCUGUGAUAAAGCAAGACGACGCCAAGAAGGUCGACAAUGUUGUAUGCCAAAUUGCACUGGACGUAUUUACAUUCAAUCAUGUCAUGGACAUGGAGGUUAUCCUGUGACACAUUUUUGGCGUGAACAUGGUGAUACAAUUUAUUUUCAAGCUAAAGGUACACAUGAUCAUAUACGACCUGAUUUAAAACCAGUUCGUGAUACAGCAGCUAGACGUCGUAAACAUCAACAACAAAAUAUGGAACAAAUAGAAAGUGGAGGCGAACAACGACAACGUCAGCAAAAAGUUUCACGUUUACACAAUAUGAAAAAUGUUAAAUGUGUUGGUUUAGCACAACAGCAACACGAGAAAAAAAUGACGCUUAUUUCAAAUCCAUUGAAUUUGCCUUAUACAACUGAAGUGAUAUUACCAAAUAAUACUACUAUCAAUAAUAUUACGCCGACUAUUGAUUAUGGAGUUGAUGUAAACAUGACGACGUUUCAACAUCAUGUUAACAAUGAUCAACGUUCCAAUCAAUUUUUACAAAUGCAUUAUAAUAAAAGAAUAAAUACUGACCAUGAUUUGAAUAAACCAAUACCGACAGUCAAUUCUUCUUAUUGUGAUAAUGUAAUAACAAGAAAAGAACCAAUAUUCCCAGGUUCAAAUCCAUUUGAAAAUAAUAAUGAAUUAGAUUUACUUGAUACUGUAACAAUGAUGACAACAGAACCAAUACCAACUACGAUUACUAAUACAACUAAUACUAAUGAUACAGUAAAAAAUCUACUAAUGACAUCGAAAAAUGUUAAUAAUUCAUUAGAAAUAACUAAAAGUCCAUUAUCACAAAAUACAAUAAUAAAACCAUCAAUCAACAAUUAUAAUGAUAAUCAGUCAUACGAUACAACACCAACAACGAGUACACUUGAUUCUUCAACUUUUCCACACAACGAUACUUACAUUACGCCACCAGGAGAAAAAUUCAAUUCCACCUAUACUCAACGAGAUUCUAUCGGGACUAAUAACGAUCAUGAUAACAAUAAUAAUCAUUAUUAUCAAAGUCAAAUGAACUUAACUCCAACAAAAUUAUCUACAUCAUCAGCUUGUAACACAUUUUAUCGAUAUCAUUUUAUGAAUCAACUAUUAAUGAAUUCUCAAUUAAAUCCUUUAAAUACUACUUACAAUUAUCAGAAUCAUAGUAGUAAUAGUAAUACAUGUGGUACAAAUAGUGAGUCUACAUCAACUUAUGGUUUAAAUGCCUCAUGGUCAACACCAUCACCGCCAACAUUUGGUGGUGUUGGUAGUAAUUCCAGUUUAUUGAACAAUAAUAAUACAGUGUACAAUGGCACGACUAUUGAUGAAAUUCCAAUACAUAAUGAGGUAUCAUUAGAUUCUUUGAAAGAUCUACAGUCAUCCUUAUUGAAUAAUAUACAAGAAGUAAAUAAUGCAGGGAUUAAUCGUUAUGAUCCUGUGAAUGUUUUUAGUCACAAUAAUGAUAAUAAUAUUAAUGUGGAAAGUUCUUCAACCUACUAUGAUUCAAUGAGUCAGCAAUUAUAUCAUAAUAGUAAUUACUAUUCAAGAUGUAUGCAUAAAAUUAAUUUGGCCGGUUAUCAGUUAACUGCACCACAUCAGCAGUAUAAUUUUAAUAAUAUUAAUGACAAUUCAAAUGAUCAUUUGUUAUCUAUCAAUCAAACAGGUUUAACACCAUCAGUAUUUAUGUCAUCCAGUACACCAAUAUCAACGAUGCCAUCAAAAACAAUGUCUAGGUUGUAUUCAUCUGAUGAUAAACAUACCUUGCAUACACCUACAAGUAGGAUGACACAAAUGCCUGGAGGAACAGAACCGGACGCCAAUCAUACACAUAAUAAUAACAACAUAGGAUUUAGUUAUAUCGCUCCAAUACCGUUUUACUUAAAUAGUAGUUCCGAGUCAAGAAGUACACGAACAGAUAGUUCCAGUGAUAGUAGUCAAUCAAAACAAAUUAUGCUAUAG